CUCCAUAUAUACAAGGAAAUCAAUCGAGCAUAUCACCUGCAAGCAGUAGCAACCGAGAGAGAUGUCCAUGGCCGCCGCAGCAGCAGCGAUCAUGGCGGUGCUCCUGGCCGCGUUAAUGGCACGAGCGUCGUCGGCGGCGGCAGCAGGAAGAGUCUGGGCCGACGAGGAGAAGGGAGCACAUAACGGCACGGCGAGAAGACAGGUCACGUACGACGGCAGAAGCCUCAUGCUGGACGGCGCCAGGAGGAUGCUCUUCUCCGGCGACAUUCAUUACCCAAGGAGCACACCCGAGAUGUGGCCAAGACUCAUAGAGAGCGCCAGGGAAGGUGGCCUGGAUGUCAUACAGACAUACGUCUUCUGGAAUGUCCAUGAGCCUAUACAAGGUCAGUACAACUUCGAAGGAAGAUAUGAUCUGGUGAAGUUCAUCAGAGAAAUCCAUGCUCAAGGCCUCUAUGUGAGCCUCCGGGUUGGCCCCUUCGUCGAGGCAGAAUGGAAAUACGGAGGCUUGCCAUUUUGGUUGCGUGGUGUCCCAAACAUUACCUUCAGAUGCAACAAUGAACCCUACAAGGUACAAGUAUACACACAGGUGAAAACAGAUGUCAUGUAUGAGGUGAGAGUGGUACAUAUGCAAAAAUUUGUUGCUAAAAUUGUUAACAUGAUGAAGGAUGAAAAUUUAUACUAUCCACAAGGAGGUCCCAUAAUCAUAUCACAGAUUGAGAACGAAUAUAAGCUAGUCCAGGCAGCAUUUCAUUCAAGGGGACCACCUUAUGUUCGCUGGGCAGCGGCAAUGGCUGUAAACCUCCAGACAGGCAUUCCAUGGAUGAUGUGCAAACAGGACGAUGCUCCAGAUCCAAUCAUUAAUACCUGCAACGGGCUCAUCUGCGGGGAAACAUUUCAUGGGCCGAAUUCGCCUAACAAGCCAGCUUUAUGGACCGAAAACUGGACAUCUCGCUAUCCUUUAUAUGGUCAUGACCCAAGAUUCAGAUCACCAGCAGAUAUUGCCUUUGCAGUUGCACUUUUUAUAGCAAGAAAAAAAGGAAGCUUUGUAAGCUACUACAUGUAUCAUGGCGGGACAAACUUUGGGAGGUUUGCAUCCUCCUAUGUAACAACAAGCUACUAUGAUGGAGCUCCACUUGAUGAAUAUGGUUUAAUAUGGCAAUCGACAUGGUCUCAUCUCAGAGAAUUGCAUGCUGCAGUCAAGCAAUCUGAAGAACCACUACUUUCAGGAGCAUAUUCUAAUUACUCAUUUGGUGAGCAACAAGAGGGGCAUGUUUUUAAAACCGAGUCCAACUGUGUGGCUUUCCUAGUGAACUUUGACAAGCAUAAAACAUCAAAUAUCCAAUUUGGUGAAGCAUCAUUCCAGCUAGCUCCUAAAUCAAUAAGUAUCCUCUCGAGUUGCAGGAGGGUAGUAUUUGAAACAGCCAAGGUGAGCCAGUUACCUUCAAUUCUUCAGCGACUGAAGACCUCAAGGGACUGCUUCGUUUAUCAGUUUUACUUUUGGCAGAUAAAUGCACAACAUGGUUUAAGAACAGCACAAGUAGUCCAGUAUCUGAACAAUGUUGAUAGCUGGAAAGUAUUCAAAGAACCGAUUCCUCUGGCAAUAAACAACAGCACACACAUUGGAAAUCGACUUUUUGAACACCUCUCAACUACAAAAGAUGAGACAGAUUAUCUCUGGUACCUUACUAGAUAUGAUUAUAGAUCAAAUGGGGAUACCCAGCUAGUGCUUAAUGUGGAGUCACAAGCACAUGUUUUACAUGCUUACAUCAACAAUGAUUAUAUAGGUAGUGUGCAUGGGAGUCAUGAUGGACCAAGAAAUAUCGUUCUCAAGACACCUAUUAUGCUAAGGAAAGGACAAAACUCCAUAUCACUGCUAAGUGUCAUGGUUGGAUCACCGGACUCUGGGGCGUACAUGGAGCGAAGAAUUUUUGGAGUUCGUAAAGUGAGCAUACAACAGGGACAUCAAAAAUCACAUUCUCUGAAUAAUGAGCUGUGGAAACACCAAGUUGGCUUAUCUGGAGAAAUGAAUAAUAUAUACACACGGGAAGGAUCAUCUCGUGCUCAAUGGACUGCCAUCAAUAAGUCCAUGCACCUUCCACUUAUCUGGUACAAGACGACAUUUGACACACCAUGGGGGAGUGACCCCGUCACGCUGAAUCUCAGCAGUAUGGGGAAGGGUGAGGCGUGGAUCAAUGGAGAGAGCAUUGGACGGUAUUGGGCCUCCUUCAAAACCCCCAGCGGACAACCAUCCCAGUCCUUGUACCACAUACCACAAUACUUUCUGAAGCCUAGAGAGAACACCCUCGUCCUCAUGGAGGAAAUGGGUGGUGAUCCGCUACAGAUAAGCGUGAACACAAUGUCGGUUACCCGAGUAUACAGUAGUGUGAAUGAGUUAUCCACUCCAUCACUCUUGUCACGCAGAAAGCACCCAGCAGUUCGACUCCGGUGUCAGCAAGGCAAACACAUCACGGAUAUUGAGUUUGCGAGCUACGGAAAUCCGGUCGAGGACUGUAGAAGUUCUAGCAGGAGUUGCCUUGGGAGUUGCCAUGCCGAGACAACGGAGUUUGUUGUAAAGGAUGCUUGCCUAGGCAGAAGGAAGUGCGCAAUUCCGGUACGGCCUGCCAAGUUCGGAGGCGACCCGUGCCCUGGGAUCCAAAAAUCACUUUCAGUUGUGGCAAGCUGCGGAUGAGUAGGAUGGGAAUUGCUACUAUCAUGGCGUGAUUAACUAACAUUCAGUUUGCACAAAUUUGUUGUCACAGGGUCCAAACACUGUACCAAAUCUGAACUACAGAUAGAGCAGUACUGCAUCCACAUGUUAAAAUGUACAGGAGAAGUGUAGUUACACGCACCAAUUUCACUGCAGAAAUAUGUUGGAUUCGCCGAGAGAAGGCAGUUCUUUCA